UAAAACAAGCUAGAUAAUCUAAAGUUUUGUUUUUUCUGGUUAGAAACUAAAACCAAAACAGCACAGCUAAAUAAAAGUAGCGAACCGCAAUUGAAGCUAAAAAUGUUGUAGGGUAACUACUACUAGUUGCUAUGCCAACAACUCACUGAUGUUGUGUCCAUGGAAUAUUUAAGUACUUGGAAGCAGCAUGGACGUCCUAUCGCAUUAUAGCUCUCCUGUGAUCGAAUUCCCAGCCGCACAGCCGCUAGAAAAGCAAAAUGUACUGGUUGACAACUGCACUGGCACUGAUCCUCCGCCAUCUUAUAUAGACACGUCUACCGAGACGCAGCAGAAACAGCAUGUGUCCACACAAACAGAGCAAAGCUGCAGCAGCAAUAAACAUGUGGAAUAUGAUGAGCGUGCCUUGGCCAAAUGGCUGCGGCAGAUAUGUCCGCUGGUGGAGAAGGAAUUAAGUCAGCCAACGCCACUCAUGGAUGAGCAGCAGUCCAGUCAGGUUACGCUGCAGGAGCAGCUGCAAGUGCACGCUUAUCAGAAGUUGGCGAUGGGCAGCAUUGAGAACUCUCAAGGUUUGGCCAUUUGGCUGUGCGUGCACACAAACAAUGCGCCCGUGUUGGUAGUCACAACUGUGGCACCUCACGACGAUUGGUGCGAGCAUAUGGAACAGCAAUUGAAGCUCUUUAUACCCCAGCGUAUGUCCCAUGGCAACUUUGUAGUAUACUCGGAAGCCAAAGCUUUGCCUCUCAAAUCGUGCUUACGCAGCCUGUGCACAAAUAAUUUUAAUAAGAAUAUUUUUGCCGGCUCUACAAUGGAUGGGGAGCUAUUCGUCUGGCUGUACGAGCAGGCAACCGUGGAAAUUAGACUGCUGUACAGUGUUUCCUCUACACAAGGCGCAGCCGUGGCCCUCGAUUGGGUCACGGAACAACGUCUGCUCGCCUGCUAUGCGAACGGCACAGUGCAUCAAUGGUUGGUGACCCAGCAAAUGACCAUGGACUGGGAAUAUUCUUUGCCAGCUUCAGUUGGCGCAGAGCUGACUACUAUGGUGUCGCUCGGCCUGGACGACUUCGUACUGGGUACCAAUAAUGGCGGCGUCUAUCGCUGCUGGAGCACAGGUCGCCAACCGACUGUUGAUAGGUCUAGCAAGCAAUUGCAAUUGCUAGCACUGCGCAAGCAUCGCUUCAUGGUCUCCACACUGCUGAAGACUUUAAUGAAAGGCCGUCAAAUUGUGAUUAGCUGCGAUUUGAGUGGUCAGACCUACUACCACGAUAUGCGACACGAGGAAGAGGACACUGCGCAAUUGAUUGUGCAAAUCCCGUUGCCUUUUAAGAAUGCCAUUGCCUGCAGCCGUGAUGCCAAUAUCAUCUAUUGUCCCAGCAAUGACGGCGCCUUGGAGUAUUACAGGAUCAGCGACGGUGCUCAUGCUCAUGCAAAAGGUGCUCUGCGUGGACGUGGACACUUCAUACGCAUCAGUGACAAUGGCUGCUGGCUAAUCACAGGCCUCUAUGGCAAUGAAUUUCAAAUAUUCUAUAUUGAUAGUACCUCAGGAGACUAAAUAAAAAUGCUUUCGA